GACCGUACCCUAGCUUUGUCACAUCGAAGGAGUGGGUUGAAAUUUUGUGAAAGUACCAAAAUUACGUCAAAAUGGCUCCCAGUCCUACACCGGGUAGUGGUAAUUUAUCUGCUAUAUUACGUUCUACUGGAAAUCUUGUGUUGGAGGAUACUUCCAUUCCUCAACCAACAGAAAAUGAGGUGCAGAUACAAAUGCAUGCUGUUGGGAUCUGUGGAUCAGAUGUUCAUUACUGGACCCAUGGACGUAUCGGAGACUUUAUUGUGAAUGCACCAAUGAUCCUUGGUCAUGAAGCAAGUGGCAUUGUAUCAGCUGUUGGGAGCAAAGUAACAUCUUUGAAAGUGGGUGAUCGUGUAGCCAUUGAACCAGGUGUACCGUGCAGGUUAUGCAACUUCUGCAAAGGAGGACGUUAUAACCUGUGUCCAGAUAUGGCUUUCUGUGCCACUCCCCCUAUUGAUGGGAGCCUUAGACGAUACUACUGCCAUGCUGCAGACUUCUGCUACAAAUUACCUGACCAUGUAAGCCUGGAAGAGGGUGCUCUUCUGGAGCCUCUAUCUGUUGGAGUGCAUGCAUGCAAGCGAGCUGGGGUGACUAUCGGCAGUAAGGUGCUCAUAUGUGGAGCAGGACCCAUUGGAUUGGUGAAUCUUAUGACAGCCAAAGCAAUGGGAGCUUCUUCUGUUGUCAUAACAGAUCUUGAACAGAACCGUUUGGACGUAGCAUCCAAGCUUGGUGCUGAUCACGCCAUCCGUGUGGACACUAAGGAUGUACAAGAAUUGGUCAAACGUAUCCAUUCUGCGCUAGGAGAGGAACCUAGUAUUACUAUUGAAUGCACCGGAGCACCGCCUUCUAUUCAAACAGGCAUCUUUGCAACUAGAUCUGGAGGUGUACUUGUCUUGGUUGGACUAGGACCACCUGAAAUCAGUCUUCCAGUGGUCAAUGCAGCGGUCAGAGAAGUGGACAUUAGAGGAAUAUUCAGAUAUGUCAACUGCUACCCCACAGCAUUGGAAAUGAUAGCGAGUGGGAAGAUUGAUGCCAAACCUCUCAUCACACAUCAUUUCAAGUUAGCAGAAUCCCUGAAAGCCUUUGAAACAGCCAAGACCGGUGAGGGUGGAGCCAUCAAGGUCAUGAUCCAUUGUGACCAAUAGCUUCUCAUCCUCAAGGUCAUCAUCCAUUGUGACCAGUAGCGAGUCAUCCUCAAGGUCAUGAUUAUCCUCAAGAUCAAUCAAGGAGACUAUCACAGUAGGUAUGUUUUCAUCAGCUCGAGAUUGCCAAAUAGUCCACUAUUUCUGAUUUGGGAAAUAAGCCAGAAGUUACAAAUCGCAUCUUCAUCAGCUCGAGACUCGACCUCAAAACUCGAAACUCAAGCUCUAGAAAUUAACUUGAGAUAUUUUGCUCAGCGUUCGCGCAUAGUGCGAGUCUUUGGGCUGGUGAAGACACACCGGACAAAUAGCG